GUGUGUGAGUGAGUGUGAGAUGUACUCCUGGCUGCUGCUCGCGGCUCUGCUGAUGUUAAGCGCUCACGGGGUCGACAGCGGCAAAUCCAAAGUCAAUGCCAUCAAAUCGGGGGCCAGUGGCCAACAACUGGCAGAGCAGCUCCCGACUCACAACAGAUCCGCGGGCAUCGUCCAAAGGGCCACCGUCAACAAGAAAAACCCCCUCCCCAGCCCCGGGCAGAUUCAGCCCUGUAGCAGUGAUAAAGAGUGCGGGACCAGGGGAUACUGCCAGCAUUCUCAUCACCAAAGCUUCCCUACCUGCUUGUCCUGCCGGAGAAGGAAGAAACGCUGCCACCGAGAUGCAAUGUGCUGCCCGGGAAACUACUGCAGUAACGGUAUCUGCAUACAGCUUCUUGAAGGCACCAAUCACAGAGCCACCACUGGGGACAUUCAAGAACACAGCAAGAAAAGAACCCACCAUGGGACCAAGGGCACAUAUUGGCAGAACGUGGGCAACACACAAACCAAACCGUCACGGGAGAAAGGUCAUGAAGGAGACUCUUGCUUGCGCUCCUCAGACUGUGCGGAAGGAUUCUGCUGUGCCCGCCACUUCUGGACCAAGAUCUGCAAACCAGUUCUUCGUCAAGGGGAAGUCUGUACCAAACAGAGGAGGAAGGGUUCCCAUGGCUUGGAGCUCUUUCAGCGCUGUGACUGUGCAAAAGGACUUUCCUGUAAAAUCUGGAAAGAGGCAAAAUCAAGACUCCACAUCUGCCAAAAGGUCUGAGGAGCACCGGGCAUUCCACUGCAGGCGAAAGACUGUGAAAUAAGGUGCAUCGUGUAUGAACACACUGUGUAAAUAAUAUAUCUGUAAAAGUGCCAUUUCUUCACAAGAAUUCAUUCACGCUUAAUAUGAAGGUGCACAGAGGUUAGAGCCUCAAGAUCGACGCAUCUAUAAAUAAUAAUUUGGUCACACAAUCCACGACUGUU